CUGGUAACCUUCCAUUAGUCUACAACGCGAAUUCGUUUACACUCGAUCGCAUUUGCGAAAUGUGGGCAGAUAAAGGCGUCAUGUGGCCCCAGAGAGUAGGGAGGUGAUGGCGUUCAUCAUAAGGCGUCCCAGGCUGCGGGGGCCGCAGUAUGCCAGCAGCACCAGAGCCCCUCCUUCUGGUGACUCGCCGGCGCUUUGGUCCGAAAGCCCCACCCACUCACCACCAGAGCACCUCCCACCCCAGCCAGGUGGCUUAUCCUGGCAGGCCGCAAUCCAUGCUGCCCGUCAAGCCAACCAGGGUGACGCCCCCUCAAAUAUGAGCUCUCGGCCCUCCGUGCCAGGCGGGGGCUCUACUGUGGGCUCGCUGUCCCAGAGGAAGAGGCAACAAUACGCCAAGAGCAAGAAGCAGGGCGGCUCCACCAACAGCCGGCCCCCCAGGGCCCUGUUCUGCCUCUCCCUCAACAACCCCAUCCGCAGGGCCUGCAUCAGCCUGGUGGAGUGGAAACCGUUUGAUAUUUUUAUAUUGCUAUCUAUCUUUGCCAACUGUGUGGCCUUAGCCAUCUAUAUCCCCUUCCCUGCGGACGACUCCAACUCCACUAACCACGACCUGGUGAAGGUGGAAUAUGCCUUCCUGAUCAUCUUCACGAUUGAGACCUUGAAGAUCAUAGCUAUGGCCUGGUCAUGCACCAGAACUCCUAACGUACGCAACGGCUGGAACAUGCUAGACUUUGUCAUCGUCAUCGUAGGAUUGUUCAGCGUGGUUCUGGAGUUGAUAACCAAAGAGAAUGACCCGGGAGGCCAGUCUGGGGGGAAGCCAGGGGGGUUUGACGUUAAGGCUCUCAGAGCCUUCCGUGUCCUCCGCCCCCUUCGCCUUGUUUCAGGAGUGCCCAGUUUACAGGUGGUGUUGAACUCCAUCAUUAAGGCCAUGGUCCCACUGCUCCACAUCGCUCUGCUCGUCCUCUUCGUCAUCAUCAUCUACGCCAUCAUUGGCCUGGAGCUCUUUAUCGGCAAGAUGCACGCCACCUGCUACUUGGUGGGCUCAGGGACCUUGGCAGACGAGGAGCCUACUCCGUGUGCAGUGUCGGGUCACGGGCGUCAGUGCCUGGGGAACGGCACCUUGUGCCGAGACGGCUGGCACGGCCCCAACGGCGGCAUCACCAACUUUGACAACUUCCUGUUCGCCAUGCUGACGGUGUUCCAGUGUAUCACCAUGGAGGGCUGGACGGAUGUGCUCUACUGGAUGAAUGAUGCUAUGGGGUUCGAGCUUCCCUGGGUCUACUUUGUCAGUCUGGUCAUCUUUGGGUCAUUCUUUGUUCUCAACCUGGUUCUGGGAGUUUUGAGUGGAGAGUUCUCCAAGGAGCGAGAGAAGGCCAAGGCUCGCGGAGACUUCCAGAAGCUGCGAGAGAAGCAGCAGCUGGAGGAGGACCUGAAGGGAUACCUGGAUUGGAUCACCCAGGCUGAGGACAUUGACCCUGAGAACGAUGAGGAGGGUGACGAGGAGGGCAAACGCAACACGAGCAUGCCCGCCAGCGAGACGGAGUCGGUGAACACGGACAACCCCAACGGAGAGGAGGACAAGGCCCCCUGCUGCGGACCCUUCUGUCAAAAGAUUACUAAGUCUAAGUUCAGUCGGCAGUGGCGUCGCUGGAACAGGUUCUGCCGCAGGAAGUGUCGUGCGGCGGUGAAGUCGGUGACGUUCUACUGGCUGGUUAUCAUCCUGGUGUUUCUGAACACGCUCACCAUCUCCUCCGAGCACUACAACCAACCUGAUUGGCUGACCGAGGUUCAGGACGUGGCCAACAAGGUGCUGCUGGCCCUGUUCACCUGUGAGAUGCUGGUGAAGAUGUACAGCCUGGGCCUGCAGGCCUACUUCGUGUCCCUGUUCAACCGCUUCGACUGCUUCGUGGUGUGCGGAGGCAUCGUGGAGACCAUCCUGGUGGAGCUGGAGGUCAUGUCCCCGCUCGGCAUCUCCGUGUUCCGCUGCGUGCGCCUGCUGCGCAUCUUCAAGGUCACGCGCCACUGGGCAUCUCUCAGUAACCUGGUGGCCUCGCUGCUCAACUCCAUGAAGUCCAUCGCCUCCCUGCUGCUACUCCUCUUCCUCUUCAUCAUCAUCUUCUCCCUGCUGGGCAUGCAGCUGUUCGGAGGCAAGUUCAACUUCGACGAGACGGUCACCAAGAGGAGCACCUUCGAUAACUUCCCCCAGGCCCUGCUCACUGUUUUCCAGAUCCUGACAGGAGAGGACUGGAACGCCGUGAUGUAUGACGGCAUCAUGGCGUACGGAGGCCCCGCCUCCUCAGGCAUGGUGGUCUGCAUCUACUUCAUCAUCCUCUUCAUCUGCGGAAACUACAUCUUGCUAAACGUCUUCUUGGCUAUCGCCGUGGACAACCUGGCAGAUGCCGAGAGCCUGAACACAGCUCAGAAGGAGGAAGAGGAGGAGAAGGAGAGGAAGAAGAGCGCCAGGAGCGGGAGCCUAGACAGGAGAGAGGAGGAGUGUCCGGACGGAGAUACCAAGGUUCCUCUGCAUGAGGAUCAGGAGGAGGAGAAGGAGCCCUACCCUUCUGUGGACGCUCCAGGUGAGGACGAAGAGGAGAAGCUUCCGGAGGUUCCGUCGGUGCCACGCCCCCAGCGGUUGUCUGACCUCAGCAUCAAGGAAAAGACUCCUCCUAUUCCAGAGGGCAGCGCCUUCUUUAUAUUCAGCAGCACCAACCCGAUCCGUGUAUUCUGCCACAAGCUCACCAACCACCACAUCUUCACCAACCUCAUCCUGGUCUUCAUCAUGCUCAGCUCCGUCUCCCUGGCUGCCGAAGACCCCAUACGCAACUUCUCGGCGCGCAACAUCAUACUUGGUUAUUUUGACUAUGCUUUCACCGCAAUCUUUACUGUUGAGAUCCUGUUAAAGAUGACAGCGUUUGGGGCGUUCCUCCAUAAAGGGGCGUUCUGCAGGAACUAUUUCAACCUGCUGGACCUUCUGGUGGUGGGUGUCUCUCUGGUCUCCUUCGGCAUAGAGUCGUCUGCCAUCUCUGUGGUGAAGAUUCUCCGCGUGCUGCGAGUUCUACGUCCCCUUAGGGCUAUCAACAGAGCCAAGGGCCUCAAGCAUGUGGUCCAGUGUGUGUUUGUGGCUAUCCGGACCAUCGGCAACAUCAUGAUCGUCACCACGCUGCUGCAGUUCAUGUUUGCCUGCAUCGGAGUGCAGCUCUUCAAGGGAAAGUUCUUUCGCUGCAAUGACGAAGCCAAGUCCAGUCCGGAGGAAUGCCAAGGUUUCUAUAUCCUGUAUAACAAUGGAGACACUGCCCUGCCAUUAGUCGAAAAGAGGAAGUGGAGCAACAGUGAAUACAACUUUGACAACGUCCUCGUGGCCAUGAUGGCUUUGUUUACUGUGUCCACCUUCGAAGGCUGGCCUGCCCUUCUGUACAAGGCCAUAGACUCCAACCGAGAGAACAUGGGCCCCAUCUACAACUACCGGGUGGAGAUCUCCAUCUUCUUCAUCAUCUACAUCAUCAUCAUCGCCUUCUUCAUGAUGAACAUCUUCGUUGGUUUCGUCAUCGUCACCUUCCAGGAGCAGGGAGAGAAGGAGUACAAGAACUGUGAGCUGGACAAGAACCAGCGCCAGUGUGUGGAGUACGCUCUGAAGGCCCGCCCUCUCAGACGGUACAUCCCCAAGAACCGCUACCAGUACAAGUUCUGGUACGUGGUCAACUCCACGGGCUUUGAGUACGUCAUGUUCAUCCUCAUCAUCCUCAACACUCUCUGCCUGGCCAUACAGCACUAUGGCCAGUCCCAGCUGUUUAACUAUGCCAUGGACAUCCUCAACAUGGUCUUCACUGGAGUCUUCACUGUCGAGAUGAUCCUCAAACUCAUCGCCUUCAAACCGAGGGGGUAUGUCGGAGACGCCUGGAACGUGUUUGACGCCCUGGUGGUCAUAGGCAGCGUCGUCGACAUCAUACUCAGUCAGGUAGAUAACACGGAAGACAGUGCUCGUAUCUCAAUCACCUUCUUCCGGCUGUUCCGAGUCAUGCGAUUGGUCAAGCUGCUCAGCAGGGGGGAGGGUAUCAGAACACUGCUGUGGACCUUCAUCAAAUCCUUCCAGGCUCUUCCCUAUGUUGCUCUGCUGAUCGCCAUGUUGUUCUUCAUCUAUGCUGUCAUUGGGAUGCAGGUGUUUGGAAAGAUUGCCCUGGUGGAUGGAACACAGAUCAAUCGUAACAACAACUUCCAGACCUUUCCUCAAGCUGUCCUCAUGCUCUUUAGGUGUGCGACGGGCGAGGCGUGGCAGGAGAUCAUGCUGGCGUGUCUGCCAGGGAAGCUGUGUGACCCAGAGUCAGACUACAACCCUGGGGAGGAGAAGACCUGCGGAAGCGGCUUCGCCAUCAUCUACUUCAUCAGCUUCUACAUGCUCUGUGCCUUCCUGAUCAUCAACCUGUUUGUUGCUGUCAUCAUGGACAACUUUGACUACCUGACACGGGAUUGGUCUAUUCUCGGGCCCCAUCACCUGGAUGAGUUUAAAAGGAUCUGGUCAGAGUACGACCCUGAGGCCAAGGGCAGGAUCAAACACCUGGACGUGGUGACUCUGCUGAGGAGAAUCCAGCCUCCUCUAGGUUUCGGCAAACUCUGUCCUCACAGAGUGGCCUGUAAGAGACUGGUUGCUAUGAACAUGCCAUUGAACAGCGAUGGGACGGUCAUGUUCAACGCCACGCUCUUUGCCCUCGUACGCACCGCCUUGAAGAUAAAGACAGAAGGCAACCUGGACCAGGCGAACGAGGAACUGAGAGCCGUGAUCAAGAAGAUCUGGAAGAGGACCAGCAUGAAGUUGCUCGAUCAAGUGGUGCCCCCUGCAGGCGAUGACGAGGUGACUGUGGGGAAGUUCUAUGCCACCUUCCUGAUACAAGACUACUUCAGGAAGUUCAGGAAACGCAAGGAGCAAGGCCUAGUGGGCCGGCAUUCGUGGGAAGGGCUCAACUCCACCAUCGCCUUGCAGGCCGGUCUCCGCACACUGCAUGACAUUGGCCCAGAGAUCCGCCGCGUCAUAUCUUGUGACCUCCAGGAGGAGGGGCUAGUUGAUGUAAACGCAGAGGAGGACGAGGAGAUUUAUAGGCGAAAUGGCGGUCUGUUUGGUAACCACAUCAACCAUGUCAAUGGCGACCAGCGCGGUUCUGUCCUCCUGACCAACGUCACCCAGCGACCCCUCCAGGUCCUGCCCCCAUCCAUCCACGCCUCAGUGGAGCCCCACCAGCCCAGGGCCGACGGGACCUCAACCCCCCGACCCUCCAACCCCCGCUCCCCCCGCCAGCCCCCCAACCCCCUCAACUACCACCCCAACUCCGCCCACCACAGAUCCUCCAACACCAACCUCAACAAUGCCAACAUGCCCACCCUACCCUCCCUGGCCCCUGGGAGACAGCGCUCCCUGCAGCGCCAGCGCCAACACUCCUCCUCUAACGGGGCCCUGCCCUCCUCCGGGUUGAGCCACGGUCACACUGACCGCGACCCGGCUUGGAGGUCCCACUCCACUAGGACUCGCUACUAUGAGACCUACAUUAGGUCCGAGCCCGGGGGCGGUCUCUUCCCCACCAUUGGCAGAGAGGACCCGGGGGGCGGGGACAGCGAUGAUGACAGGGGGUCUGGGGAGUACUUCAGUGGAGAGGAGUUCCAAGAGGAUGACAUCAUGCUGGCCAGAGACAGGCUGUCUCAGUACCCGGACCUUCAGGGAGACUUCGAUCUGGAAGCUUCCACGGGUUACCAUCAAUCGGAUUGUUUCUACGAUGACGAUCAGCAGCCCAUCUACCAGGAUGGCAGACAGUCACCUAAACGACGGUUGCUACCCUCCACACCUCAGGGUUCCCACAGGCCCACCUUCACGUUCGAGUGUCUACGCAGACAGAGCAGUCAGGAGGAGAUGCCCCUGUCCCCAUCUGGCCGCCACCGCACAGCCCUGCCCCUGCACCUCAUGCAGCAGCAGGUGAUGGCGGUGGCAGGGCUGGACGCCAGUAGGAUCCAGCAUCUGUCUCCAACGCGCUCACUGCGCUCCUGGGCCACACCCCCGGCCUCACCCGUCAGCCGAGACCGAUCUACCAGCUACACCCCCCUCAUCCAGGUGGACUGGCGGGGGCAGGACAGUGUGAGCAGCCCUCCUGGGACGGCCCGCAGGAGCUCUUGGUACAGCGACGCACCCGAGGUGCCCCUGCGGCGUGCCUACUCCCCCUCCCUGCUGCAGAUCCCCCCAGAGUACCGCCAGCAGCACCAGCAGAAAAGGGGCAGUGCCAACAGCCUGGUGGAGGCCGUGCUGAUCUCAGAGGGCCUGGGAAAAUACGCCAAAGACCCCAAGUUUGUGGCGGCGACAAAGCAUGAGAUUGCGGACGCCUGCGAGCUGACCAUCGAUGAGAUGGAGAGCGCCGCAAGCAACCUGUUGAACGGCAGUCUGGGUAACAGAGCGGGGUCGGAGGUCACAGACUCGUUGGCGGCCGUAAGGGUCCGUGGUCUCCAUGACUACAGUGAUGAGGAGGGGGACUCGGGGGGGAAGGGAGAGGAGGACCUGACUGACGAGAUGAUAUGCAUCACCACCCUAUAGCAGUGACUCUCACACACACAGCACACACACACUCACACAGGUGAUCAAAAGUGCCUUGCAUUUUUUCUUCCCGUGAGUGAAGAAUUGCAACACGGCCAGCUUGAGGGCAGUUGAGUGAUAGAGCAAAGGAAGCGAUAGAGAAACUGAAGGAGGAAGUGACACCGGAAAGCUCCGCCCACAGGGGACUCUGGUUUGUCACACUUGGACAGGUGCUUCUGGAGAAUUCCUGCGCUGGGCUGUAUCUUUGGCGUCGAUCCUCUCAGUGGUUCCAGAGGGAAAUCACAUAUCAGUGAAACAACGAUGUCUCUGACCCCUCCUCAGACAUAUCCCCUGAGCAGCCCAGUCCCCCCCCUCCGUCCCAUCCUCCCCCUACAGCCUCCUUCUGCCCCCUCCCCCCUUCCAUCUCUGAAUCCUGACCCUCCACCCUCCCUCCCCACUGCUCCCUGCCCUUGCCCCUGCCUCCUGUCUGCCUUACCCUGCCAGUCUGUUAAAUCAGGUGGACACUGACAAGCUGUUGUGUUCAAACCACAACGUGAAACUGUGAAUCAAAACCUCGGAAGUCAACUCUGUCCAGACUCAAGUCUACUGAACGGAGACACAGGCACACAUGGAACAUACACUGUCUCUCUCUACAGGGAAUAACACACACACUGUCAGGUUGCUUUUGAUGAAAAUCUCCUCAUGAUGUAGAUAUAUUUAGAAGAAUUUCCGAUUUUAUUCGAAAGAGAUUACCUAUAUUUUGUAAUUUAUUUAUUUAUAGGACCUUUUACCCCAGUGGUGUGGGUUAGAUCAUUUAUUUAUAUUGAACGACAAUGAUAUUCUACUUUUGUUAUGUUCUGCCUUCCCCUGUCACAGUAGAUUGCAUAUUUAAGUGGCAAAUGUGUGAGAACCAGAGUAGUUCUUCUGAUCAUAGAUCAGAUCCCAGUCAUUCUGGUUUCUAGAAUGCACAAGAGCUGCUUUUCUACUUGGUGUAAUGCCAUCUCUACUGCAUACAGGGAAACUCCUUAGAACAGGACAAGCUCGUUUGCACAUUGUCUUGGUCACCGAUACAAAUGAUUGACAAUAGACCAACAUAGCACAGCACACUGCCAACACACAACCUGCAGGUUUUAUACAAACAUUAUUGAUCUUGUGGACCACUGAAGGAGAUUCUAACUGUGAUUCUAAUUGUGUGUUGUAAACUGAACACUAAAUAAUGUCGUGGCAACCACAUUGUCCACUAUCAAUGUGCAAUGAAAGGGCUUCUUCAACAUCAGACCAAAAGGUACUUUUAUGCUUUUUCACAUACGGGUGUGUCUAAAAGUGCUGUGUAGGUUCAUAUGCAUUUUCUAACCUGCUGUGUAAACUUGAGAGAUACAACACGUCAAAUAACUAUAGAAGGGCACUUGAUUUGGCUUUCCUCGCAUGCAGAGUUCCUCGCAUGCAUAGUAUCUGCUUUUGGGGCUUUCUGUUUCAGUCCAUUUGGUUGAGGCAAAUCAAGCACACUAAAUGUCUAGGUUAGAGUUUGUUGUCUAACACCUGACUACUUGACCAAUGAAAACACAGUUCACACCUCUCCUGCAGGCUCCCCUCAACUAACAUCAGGGGUUCUAGAACAGACUUGUAGGACCUAGAUUACACCCUUAUCAUAGACUAAACUGCAUUUAGGGCCAGUUUCUCAGACAUAUUCAACCUGACUAAAAUGACCUUUCAGAGAGAAAUCUCCAUGGACAUGAUUCAAGGCCCUAGAGCAGGCCUAGUGUCUGUGAAAGUGGUAUUGAUGCUGUUGUCAGUCUAGGAUGUGUGCUUAUCUGUUUCCAGGAAAUGAAAGCACACAUAUUUCGUCAGAAAGACAAAUGGAGAGAUAAAGAUCCUUCUAAUGAUAGUGAAACACCUUGGUUCAGAGUUGAGCUGAAUAAUAGAGACUUAAAGCAAGUACGUGCAAUUAUUGAUAUAUUAUUAUUAUUGACGUUUUACCGAUGUUUGGAUAUUGCUGACACUAUGUAAAUCUGUACAGUUUCUGAAUUAAUGUGUACAGUGAUUUACUGUACUUGAAGACCUGCUCUUUAAACUGCCCAUGUUUUCACAGAUUACUAAAGACUGAUACCAACUUUGUAGCAGAUAUAGUACCUCUUAGAUUUUGUACCAAAAGAUUAUUACCAGUUUUUUUGUACAUUUUUGCUUUUAAUCUCUUGAAUAUUUGUCUGGAAAUACCAUGAACUGCUGAAAAUAAUUUUGUAAUGACCAUUACUGAAUAAACUCUUCCGCUGAGGGUUCAGUCCUAGCAUGCAGU